UGCUGGCCUGGCGCAGCUCGGCGCUGGAGGAGCCGGCGCUGGAGGAGCCGGUACGACCGCGCGUCCUCAGUACGGGCAGCUUCGGGCUGCGCGCGCUACGUGGCUUUCUGCAGCGGCGGCGGGUGCACGGUGCCAUCCGCGAGGACCCUGACCCGGAGCGGCUGCAGCUGCGCCGUUUCCGCCAGGCGGCCGAGAAAAUUCGCGCCGAGAUCCACCAGCAGCACCUGGACGAGCGGCUGCCCGAGAGCGUCGCCAUGCGCGGCAUGGACGAGCACACGGCGAUGCGCUACCUCUACCCGUGGGCCUCGGCCGAGCUACUAGCCGUACUCGAGGACUUCGGCGUCCACCCGCGCCGAGACGACCGCUCCGAGCGCUCGUCGCUUUCCAACUUUACCGACACGUCCGGCCGGCUCACGCCCAAGCUGAAGAUACCCAAGCGGCUGUCGUUCUCGCGGCCGAAGAAGCCACGCCCGGACGCCGGCCAGUUCCGGCGCAGCCCCGAGGUGCUCAAUCACCAGGUGACGUACGCACCCUACACCCAGCUCACCGAGGAAGAGGUGGCGGCGGCAGCCGCUGCCGCCGCCGCUGUCACCUUCCACCUGGAGGAGCCGCCUGAGGCGCCGCCACCGCCGCCUGUGCCGGUGCAGCAGGCGCUGGUGCCGAUGGUCGGUGCGUGCGCCGGCUUGGUGGCCCUCACCUCCGGCCUGUCAGCCGCCGCCGUGCCGCCAGCCGAGCCGACACCGAUGCCGCCGACGUCGACGUCCCAGCCCGUAGCCAACAUCGACAACAACCUGCUGCACCCGCUGCGCUCGGUGCUGACGGCCGGACAGAAACGCAAGGCCUUCAGCAGCUUCGUCCAG